AUGGCAGUGGAGGAUGAAGCAUCUCCAGCAUCGACUCCCUCGUCCGGGGGUCCUGAGCAGCAUGAGGUUGACACUGGCGCCACCGCGAGACCUCCUCCCAGGAAGAGAAGGCGUCUUAUAAUUUCCUGCACGGAAUGCCACCGCAGGAAGCAGAAGUGCGACAGGAGCUUGCCAUGUGCCAAUUGUGUGUCACGAAAUAAGCAAGACUCGUGCCGCUAUGAAUCUGGGCCACCUUCUGCAAAGGCCGUGCAGAGCGCACAGCAUGGCGAGGGCCUUGCUAGCAGUGGCAACCACGACAGCGGGACGGGGGCGGGCAUCUCAGCCAAGCUGACCAACUUUGGGUAUUCGUCCACGGGAGCCUCGUCGACUCUGGGAUUCUUGAGCAAGAUCGACGGCACAAAUGCCGAGGAGUCCUCACUUUCAAGAAUGGCAAUGGGUCGCGAGAGUAGUGGCGAGCAAUUUGGAAUGAGGGAGAGGUACAAAAGCCUUAUCCGCCAGUUACCAGCAAGGUCAUACACUGAGAAGCUGGUGGAUAUUUACUUCAAGGACUUUAAUUGGCAGUACAAUGCAGUUGACCAGUGGGUCUUUAACAAGCAGAUGGCUGAGUGGUUCAGCCUACCCUUCAGCGUGCUGAACACAGAAGGCCCGCAAGCGCUCCCGCCUGAUCUCAGGGCCUUCCCAGCUCUUGUCUUUCAGAUGAUCGCCACGGCCCUGCUCAAUCUUCCUCCGGGCCCAGAUCCGACCUUUGAUUCACUGAAAUAUGCUGGAACAGUCGUUGCUAGUUUUGUCAGGGCUGCCUUUUUAAAGUAUUCCGGACUCGUCACCGAGGCAUGGCAUGCGAUAGGGGCCGCGAUAAGAGAUGGACAAGAAUGUGGAUUGCAUCGUACCAGCCUUGACCCUAAGCCGAAGAGCGACAAGCUGGAAGACGUUCUUGAAAACCAAUGGGAGAUACAACGGCGGCGUAAGACCUGGAUCAUCCUCAUGAGCUGGGAUGUGCAUACAGCUAUCGUCCUAGGCCGCCCGACAAGUAUUGACACGAGUUUCACGUACCCACUGCCACUCGACGCGCCUCUGCCGAGCGACCCAAGUAAAGUGCCCGUGACUUUGCGGUCAGAAAAUGACCCUCCAUCACCCUUGACACGAACAUUGUGGGUGUACCGAACCACGAUGGCGCUCAGAGACAUCAUCGAGCUGGAGAAAGACGGACCUUGUCCAAAGGACUUCAGCAAAGUGGACAAAGUCCACCAGAGUCUCGAAGAGCUCGAAGGUCAAACGCCGGCUUUCUUCCGAGUCGAGAACCCGGAUACGAGACCGUACGUGUUUACGAGGCCGUACAGCCGGAAAGAAGCACUCAAGGCGAGUAUCAAGAUGCUGGAGGCUCAGAGGGAUCAUUUUGCGACCAUAGGGCCGAAGCAGUACAAAGCAUUCACAUUAUUCUUCGGCACAUUCGAUGCCAUUGUGCUCAUGGCGAGUAUAUUCAUACUUUUCCCCAAGGAGAACGUCGAGUAUGUGUCCACGGCGCUACAGCAUUUCCAAUGGGCCAUGGAGCGAUUUGAAACCAUGUCUGAGAGGAACAAGCUGGCCGCUGCGGCGCGAAAUGUGCUCAAAGCUGUAUACAUGCGGCUCAAGAGCGCUCUCAAGGGAACACAGAAGCCGGGAGCGGACAGCCUCGACCAAGCCACUCAAGAGUCGGCACACUCGGCCGCGAACGGUGAAGCUCUAACGCCGUUCUCUACGAUGGCAGCAGGCGGCGACAACAACGGGACCAGUCUCCUCACGCCGGCUGGUUCUACGACUUCUGCCAGCUCGGGCGACCCAUUCGGGCCAGGCUCAGUAUCAGGCCCGUCAGGUGCUCCGCCCAUCGAUCCUGGACUGUCAGGAAUGGCGGCCAGCGACUGGACAUUGCCUGAAGGAUUCCACUGGAGCUCAAUCCAGCCCGUGUAUGCGAUGGCCGAUGUCGCUUACAAUGACCUCAUGGGGAUUAGCAGCAGCAAUUCUGGGGAAUCGACGUCUUCGUUGCCGAAUUGGGCCGGGGGGACACCGCUGCUGAAUGAUGUUCCUGGUGGUGGUGGUAGCGGUGGAGGGGAGUCUCAGCCUUGGCUUUUCGGAGGUGACUUUGGGAAUGACAGCGUUUGGAGUCUAUUGAACCAAUACCCAUCUCCUUUCUAA